UUAGAACAGCUGUCUAAAAUAGCAUUUGUCGGUUGCAAGAGCAGGUUUCUCUUUCUGCUAGAAAACAAACUGUUUAAGAGCAAGUUAUGGGUCUUGAAAAUGCUGUCAAAACAGGAGGAGUAGUAGGAGCAAUAGGUAUGGUGUUCAUGGCUCCGGUGGCCUUGGGGGCCAUCGGUUUCACCUCAGCUGGGAUAGCAGCGGGUUCCUACGCUGCAAGCAUGAUGUCUUCUGCUGCCAUCUCUAACGGAGGAGGGGUGGCAGCAGGAAGCCUGGUGGCGAUUCUACAAUCUGCAGGUACAUCUGGUUUUACACCGUUCGCCAACACUGUUCUGGCCAGCAUUGGAGUUGCUCUUGGAACCUGUGUUGGAGCUGCAGUGGAAUGGCUGUCAAACAUCUUUCAGAAACGAAAGGAAAAAAAAAGAACGGAGAAAGCGAUGGAAGCCAUUCUGUUUGGCGUCACUGCAGGAGCUUUAUUUUUGUUGUCAAAACGCUAAUUAUUAUUUUUGGUUUCCCAGUAUUGGUGACCUCGCGUUAUACAUUUCAUUGGUGGGGAACUAAAAGAGCCACUUCAUCAUCUCAUUUCUGUUUCAUUGGUGCUCCAGUAAAAAAAAAAAGAAGUCAGAAACCAACUUUCAUUAAUUUCUUUACAUAAAGUUUCAAAUAUAUUAAUACCCUGUGAGAUGCAUCAAUACAAAGCAUAGUUGUGAAAUAGAAGAAACAUAAUUUAUGGAUUUCCAAUUGGCUAUAACGUGAAAUUAAUUUGUAUUCAGUCCCCAUUUUCUUUUUCCUGAUCUGCCUUUCGCUACAGAUUUGAAAUUACUUUUUGAUUACAGAUUUCAAAAAAAAUUUUUGAUUUUUCUUUUUUCAGUUAAAACCAGAAGUUUACAUGUAACAAAUAAGUAUAUGUAAAUUUGAAUAAAGAAAAUAUGAAUUCCAGUAAAUGGUA